CCUCUCUCCAGUCCCGGCGGCCGAGGAGCCCCAGCCCGGGCUCAGUCUCUGCCCCUGCCGCCGCCGCCUUGAACAUGGAGCCCCCGGACGCGCGGGCUGGGGCGCGUAGGGCCCCGCGGUUGCUGGUGCUCGUGCUCCUGCUGGCGGCCCCCCCAGGUUCCAAGGCUGAGGUCCGCCUGUCUGUGCCCCCCCUGGUGGAGGUGAUGAGGGGGGAGUCUGUCACUCUGGACUGCAGCCCCUUGGGGACCUAUGACUAUUUCAUGCUGGAAUGGUUUCUGGUCGACCGCUCCGGUGUCCGCCACCGCCUGGCCUCGGCCGAGCUGCGUGGCUCCGAGCUCCGGGACAAAGAGCUCAACUCUCGGGGCCGCAGCCCCCCGUACCAGCUGGACUCCCGGGGGCGCCUGGUGCUGCCUGAGGCCCAGGUGGGCGACAAGCGCGACUACGUGUGCGUGGUGAAGGCGGGGGCAGCCGGCACCGCUGAGGCCACCGCCAGGCUCAACGUGUUUGCCAAACCAGAGGCCCCGGAGGUCUCCCCCAACAAAGGAAUCCUGUCUGUGAUGGAUGACUUUGCCCAGGAGAUAGCCACUUGCAGCAGCCGAAACGGGAACCCAGCCCCCCAGAUCAUGUGGUAUCGGAACGGGCAGCCCCUGGCCGUGCCCCUGGAGGUGAACUCCGAGGGCUACAUGACCACCCGCACCGUCCGGGAGGCCUCCGGCCUGCUCUCUCUCACCAGCACCCUUUACCUGCGGCUCCACAAGCCCGACCGGGAGGCCAGCUUCCACUGCUCCGUGCACUACUACCUGCCCGCUGGCCAGCACGGCCGCCUGGACGGUCCUUCCUUCUCCCUCACCCUACACUAUCCCACAGAGCGCGUGCUGUUCUGGUUGGGCAGCCAGUCCACUGCUGAAGGCUGGGUCCGUGAGGGUGACUCUGUCCAGCUGUUGUGCCAGGGGGACGGCAGUCCCACCCCAGAGUACACGUUUUUCCGGCUUCAGGACAAGCAGGAGGAUGUGCUAAAAACAAGUCUUGAGGGGAACUUGACGCUGGAGAGGGUACAGCGGAACCAGAGCGGGACCUAUGGCUGCAGGGUGGAGGACUACGACGUCCCCGAGGAUGCGGAGCUCUCCAAAACCCUGGAGCUGCGUGUGGCCUACCUGGACUCCCUGGAGCUCAGCACAGGGGAGGAGCUUUCCUUACCUCUGCAUAACAGCACAACCGUGACCUGCUCUGCUCGAGGCCUGCCCACCCCGACCCUAUACUGGACCAAGGACUCAGCACCCAUGGGGGAGGACCCCACACUCUCCCUCCACUCCGUCACCUUCGAUUCCGCCGGCACCUACACGUGUGAGGCCUACAUGCCCAGGAUCCCCCUCCUGAGUCGCACCCGGAGCUUCAGGCUGCUGGUUCAAGGGACACCAGAGUUAAAGGCAAAGGAGGCUCAGCCCAAGGCCGAAGGCAGCUGGACUGAAGGAGAUGAAGUCACCCUGAUCUGCUAUGCCCGAGGCUACCCAAAGCCCAAACUCACCUGGAACCAGUUGGGCGGCAGCCCCACAGAACCAGCCCCUGGGGGCCAGGGCUGGGUGAGCAGCUCCCUGACCCUGAAGGUGACCAGUGCCUUGAGCCAAGACGGCGUCUCCUGUGAGGCCUCCAACCCUCUCGGGAACACCCACCAUGUCUUCCACUUUGGAACCGUAGCCCCCCAGACCUCCCAGGCCGGCGUGGCGGUCAUGGCCGUGGCCAUCAGCGUGGCACUCCUGCUCCUCGUCGUUGCUAUCUUCUACUGCAUGAGACGCAAGGGGCGGCCCGGCUGCUGCCAGCGGGGCGAGAAGGGGUCUCCGCCACCUGGGGAACCCAAGUUGAGCCACUCAGGAUCACAGCGGCCGGAGCAGAAGGGCCUUCUCAUGGGGAGUGCCUCUGGAGGAGCCAAGCAUGGGAGCGGGGGCUUUGGAGAUGAGUGUUGAGCCUGAGGACCUUCCCAGAGGCAGUCAUUGAACCCAACCUGGAGUGGCGAGCAUCAGAAAACCAGCCCCGCUCACACCUCUGCCUGCCCCCACUUUCCCGGCCUUUCCUCUUCCCUCUCUGGGCCCUCCCUUCCUUCCUCUGUGGGCUGGGCAGGGACCACAGCGGCCUGGGAGGGAGGGGACCUUCCUCCAAGGAUUGUGACUCUCCCAGGCCCCAGAAUAGCUCCUGGACCCGAGCCCAAGUCCUGGCCUGGGACGAGGCUCGAGGGUCGGCUGGCUGGGGCUAUUUUUACCUCCUGCCUCCAUUGCUGGUCGCCCCCCCCUCCCACCUGACGUCCUGCUGCAGAGUCUGACACUGGAUCCCCGCCCCCUGCCCUGACCCCAUCAUCUGUGGACACUGGAGUCUGGAAUAAAUGCUGUCUGUCACCUGGA